AUCUUAUUGACAUUUCCAACCUUAUAAUUUCAGUUUUGAUAUUUAUUUUCUCUUCCAGGCAUCUUUGAAGUUUAGACCCAGCAGCAGAGUAGGCCUGAUUCCUGAAGAUGUAAAACAGCGUCGUUUUAAUCUAGUUCUCUGUUUCUCGUUCUUCUUCUCUACUCCCUCUCCAAUCUCUUAUCACUUUCCGAGAGGACCGCACAGGGCGAGAAUCUCUCUCCGGGAAUCUGAAUUCUUCGUCUCGCUCGUGCUCUACAUUCUUCUUUUUCUUAUUGAAUUUAAUUUUUAUAGUUGCAGUUUUUGCCCUCAACGAUUCCCCUGGACUGUUGCCUUUCAAUCCGUUAAGCAAAGUACAAAACCGAAUCCUCUUCUUGGGAAAGAAUACUCCAUUGAAUGCAUCUGUUACGAGAGUGAUGCAUUAGGGAUUAUUGCCGCUCAGGUCUUCAAAAGCUUAGAAGGGAGUUUCGGGUUUUCCAGGGACUGCCUUCCUGUUUAAGUCUAGUUGAUGCAUUAUAAGAGGAUAUACAGGAAAUAUGGCUCUCCAGAAAUACAUUCCUUGUGGUGAUGCUCCUUCUGCGAGUAUGAAGGCUUUGGAUUUUUCCUCUAGGGUGCAGGAAAAUGCUCAACUUACAAAUCUAGCAAACCCAGAGACAAGUCAUACAGAUGUGCCUGAUGUUGAUAUCGAUCUCAGAGAAAUUUAUUUUUUGAUAAUGCAUUUCCUGUCGGCUGGCCCAUGCCACAGAACUUAUGAACAGCUUGGGACCGAACUUCUUGAGCAUCAACUCUUACCCAGUAGAUAUCAUGCCUGGUACUCAAGGACUGGGGUAUGUAGUGGUGAUGAAAAUGACGAUGGCAUGUCAUUCCCGUUACCUUACACUAAGCUGGUUGAGAGGUACCCUCACAUUGAGAAGGAUCACUUAGUAAAGCUUUUGAAGCAGUUGAUGAUAGUUGAAGCAUCUCCAUCUCAAGGCAUGAUCCAUGGAUGUGCUCCAAAUGCGGCUGAUGUUCCUACUCUUUUGGGAAAGGGGUCAUAUUCGCUUCUGAGCCAUGACAGGGACCAGGCAAAUAAUGAAAUCAAAUCUCUUCCUGCUCACAUGCGUUGGCCUCACAUGCGUACUGACCAAGUUCGUGGGCUAAGCCUGAGGGAGAUUGGUGGUGGAUUUACAAGACACCACCGUGCACCAUCUAUACGCUCAGCAUGUUAUGCCAUUUCAAAACCAUCAACAAUGGUACAGAAAAUGCAAAACAUAAAGAAGACGCGUGGACACCGGAAUGCUGUGUAUUGUGCAAUAUUUGACCGCUCGGGGAGAUACGUAAUUACUGGUUCAGAUGAUCGCCUCGUGAAGAUCUGGUCUAUGGAAACUGCAUAUUGCUUGACCAGCUGCCGUGGUCAUGAAGGUGACAUUACUGACUUGGCUGUGAGUUCCAACAAUUCUAUGGUGGCUUCUGCUUCAAAUGACUGUAUCAUUCGAGUUUGGCGUUUGCCUGACGGGCUUCCAAUAUCAGUUCUCCGUGGACAUACUGGAGCUGUUACUGCCAUUGAAUUUAGGCCUGGCUCUGCAUACCACCUUCUUUCAUCGUCUGAUGAUGGUACAUGUAGGAUAUGGGAUGUUAGGACUUCCUCGCCUGGUCCACGCAUAUAUGUUCCAAGGCCUGCUGAUUCUAUAUCCAGGAAGAAUAACGGUGCUUCCUCAAGUGCUGGUCCUCAGAGCCAUCAAAUCUUUUGUUGUGCGUUCAAUGCUAAUGGAACUGUAUUUGUUACUGGUAGCUCAGACACCCUUGCUAGGGUGUGGAAUGCUUGUAAACCUAGUUUGGAGGAUUCAGACCAGCCAAUGCAUGAGAUAGAUAUAUUGUCUGGCCACGAGAACGACGUCAAUUAUGUGCAAUUUAGUGGGUGUGCUGCGACGUCUAGAUUUCAUCUGAUUGAUAGCUCAAAGGAAGAUGGUAUUCCUAAAUUUAGAAAUUCAUGGUUUUCUCACGACAACGUAGUUACCUGUUCUCGUGAUGGCAGUGCAAUAAUUUGGAUUCCAAGAUCACGUAGAUCACACGGGAAAGUUGGCCGAUGGACCCGUGCAUAUCAUCUGAAAGUUCCUCCUCCUCCUCUACCGCCUCAACCUCCAAGAGGGGGCCCUCGUCAGAGAAUUCUUCCAACUCCUCGUGGUGUUAAUAUGAUUGUGUGGAGCCUUGACAAUCGCUUCGUCCUUGCUGCCAUCAUGGAUUGCAGAAUAUGUGUUUGGAAUGCAGCUGAUGGCAGCUUAGUUCAUUCCUUGACAGGGCAUACUGAAUCUACAUAUGUUCUGGAUGUUCAUCCCUUUAACCCUCGGAUAGCUAUGAGUGCUGGCUAUGAUGGGAGGAUAAUAGUAUGGGAUAUAUGGGAGGGUGUACCGAUCCGGACGUAUGAAAUUUCACGUUUCAAAUUAGUUGAUGGAAAAUUUUCACCGGAUGGAAUGUCCAUCAUUCUCUCAGAUGAUGUUGGUCAAUUAUACAUAUUAAAUACUGGUCAGGGUGAGUCUCAAGAGGAUGCGAAAUAUGAUCAGUUCUUCCUUGGUGAUUAUCGUCCCCUCACCCAAGACACUUAUGGAAAUGUGGUUGACCGGGAAACUCAACUUAUACCCUACCUACGAAAUAGGCAAGAUCUCCUUUGUGAUGCAGAAUUGGAGCCCUACCCAGAACCUUAUCAGAGCACAUACCAGAAAAGACGGUUAGGAGCUCUGGGAUUGGAGUGGAAACCUUGCUCCCUAAAACUUGCUGUUGGACCGGACUUCAGUGUAGACCCAGAUUAUCAAAUGCUUCCCCUGGCAGACUUAGAUGCAUUGGUUGAUCCACUGCCAGAAUUGAUGGCAACAAUGGAUUGGGAGCCUGAAAUUGAGGUGCACAGUGACGAUGCUGAUUCAGAGUACAAUGUUACUGAAGAGUAUUCUUCUGGAGAGGAGCAAGGAAGUUUAAGUUCUGAUUCCUUUAGUGAUCCAGAGUGCAGUGCAGGAGACAGUGAGGUCGAGGAUGCGGUUAAGAAUGCCCUUCGCAGAUCAAAGAGGAGAAAACAAAAGGCUGAUAUUGAGAUCAUGACUUCAUCUGGAAGGCGAGUCAAAAGGAGGAAUUUAGAUGCAAGUGAUGGCAAUUCAUUUAGAAGUAAUCGAUCUAGGGAGUCAAAAAUUGGACAAAAAGCUUCAAAGAGGAGGUCUUCCAUGUCGAAGUCACUGAGACCUAAGAGAGCUGCUGCACGUAAUGCUCUUACUUUGUUCUCAAGAAUAUCAGGAACGUCCACGGAUGGAGAUGAUGAGGAUGUCUCAGUAAGUUAUUCAUCAGAAAAUGAAUCCCAUCUGCAAGAUUCAAGCAAUGAGAGUCAAGAAACUGAUGGAUCCCUGAAAAAUGUGCAAGCCAGGCGUUCAAAAGGGAAACAAAUUUCUCUAGGGCCUAUGGAUAAGAUCAAAUCUCAUGAACUCACUGAAUCUCAGAUGAUAAAUGGAAACAGGCGGAGACUGAUUCUUAAAUUGUCUAUUAAGGAUUCAAAUAAACUUGUUCUGCCGGAGGUUGGUAUCAUAGGCUCAUCAUCCAAUACUUCUCAUGAAACCAUUGGUGUAAAUGGUCAUAAGGGCUUCCCUGAUUUAGGGUACACUGCCGGGGAUGCAAAUUGCAAUGUUAAGGAAACACAUCGGAGAGGACAAUUAAACAAGGUUGAAAGUUAUCCAGACCUGAAUGAGGGUUACAAAAAUGAUAACAUUAGAUGGGGUGGGGUCAAGCCCCGUUCUUCCAAACGUUUGAGAUUAACAGAGCCCACAUCAUUGAAUGCAUAUGGUCCCGUUGGUGCUUGUCACAACGAUACACCAUCUCCCUUUUUAGAAGUUUGCAAUGGUGAAAGUAAGAUUGAUGACUCUGUUCCACUGAAUGGGGAGAGUAACGUGGAUGGCAGCUCUGAAGUUGUGAAUGGUGCAGAAGAAGUUUGCAUUCAUGCAUCAUCUAAGAUGGAUGAAUCUGCUACCGCGAACAGGGAGGGUAAUUUGCAUGGCACCUCUGAAGUUGUGAAUGGUGCAGCAGAAGCUUGCAGCCAUGCAGUUAAGAUGGAUAUAUAUGCUCCAAUUAAUGGGGAGGGUAACGGGAAUGGUGCCUCUGAAGUUGUGAAUGGUGCAGCCAAUACUACUAUGGAGCGCUCAGAUGGUAAUGAGAAUGGCGCCUCUGAUCAUCGACCUGAAAUGAUAGAGAGACUUCCACCAAAAUUAAGGAUUAGGUCAAAUUGUGUCAUGAUGAAUCCUGAAAGGCCUCUGCAGUCAAAAUUAGACCACGCUGCAGAAAUUCAGAGGAAUGGUGCAUGUGAAUUGGUGCAUAGUAACACUUUGGACAUGAAACAGGAUCUGGUUUCAGAAGUUCCUCGGUGUGGUGGCACCAAUGGUAGGGGUCUUCGAGGCGUAGGAGUGGAAGAAUUAGAUCCUCGUUCUGUUGAAACUUCGACCAAUGCUUUGGGUGAUUCACUGUCAAAUCCAAAACGGAUGUAUGAUGUUGUUUAUAGGAGGUCAAAGACACAUAGGGCUAGAAGUAACUUAGAAGGAUGUGGUGGAAUGAGAGCUAGCACUUCCAAUGAUGUCGAUGUAGAUUCAUAUGAGAAAAUGACUGAAGGGGUUCUCCAGACUCAUCUAACAGGCCUAAAUGGAAACACACAAGAUGGGAAUAUUGGGAGCAAUGAACUCAAGAUGGGGCAAGGACAUCUUUCAGAGAAUGCACAUAGAAGUGCUAGUAAUAACAAUGGUAAUUCCAGAGACAGAAGUCAACUUGCACAUGAAGAAUGGGGAUCAAAGUUGAAGAUGACUGUUGGGUUGAGGUCUACUCGGAAUAGAAGAAGCAGUUAUCAUUUUCGGGAUACAAGUCCCAUAGAUAAGAAGAAGUGGCAUCAGGUAACAAAGGAAGGAUCGUGGUUAUUGUUGUCAAUGCCCGACAAGGGCUCUCGUUACAUCCCCCAGCUUGGGGAUGAGGUAGUAUAUUUGAGACAGGGUCACGAGGAGUAUAUAGAAGGUGCUCACUCUAAGGAAGUUGGACCUUGGACCUCAAUAGGAGGAAACAUACGAGCAGUAGAGUUUUGUAAAGUAGGAGGCCUUAAAUAUUCCACCAUUCCAUCAGGGGAUAGUUGCUGUAAAAUGGCACUCCAAUUUGUUGAUCCUUCUUCCAGCGUGUGUGGAAAAUCAUUCAAAUUGAAGCUGCCAGAAAUUACCGGUUUUCCAGAUUUUCUUGUUGAAAAAAUUCGAUUUGAUGCUGCUAUGCAGAGAAACUGGUCGGUACGGGACAAGUGUAGGGUCUGGUGGAAAAAUCCAGAUGAAAAAGAUGGUAGUUGGUGGGAUGGCAGAGUUGUAUCUGUGCAACCCAAAUCUCCUGAUUUUCCUGAUAGUCCAUGGGAUAGGUUCUCUGUCCUGUACAAAAAUCUCUGUGAUAAAGUAUCACACAGUCCCUGGGAGCUUUUUGAUUCUGACUCGCCAUGGAAUCAGCCCCAUAUUGAUGACCAUCAAACAAAUAAGCUUUUGACUGCCUUCGACAAACUGGAGCAGUCUGGUACUAAACCCCAGGAUCGAUAUGGGAUUCGAAAAUUGAAUGAAGCUUCGGAGAAGUCUGGUUAUAAAAACAGGUUUCCAGUUCCAGUGUUCCUUGAUUUGAUCCACUCAAGAUUAAAGAACAACUACUAUCGAAGUUUGGAGGGAGUGAAGCAUGAUAUUGGAGUCAUGCUGGAAAAUGCGGAAUCAUACUUUGGAAAGAAUGCAGAUGUCUUGGUGAAGAUAAGGCGCUUGUCAGACUGGUUUACAAGGACAUUGUCAUCCUUGUAGCUCUAGGCCUCUAAAAGAAGUUUUGUAGAGAUUAGCUGGGCCCAUUGGGUCCUUCCUUUUUGUAGAUAUUUUUUUUUGUUGUAUUUGUUGAAAGGCCCAUUUUUCUUUCACAUAGUUUCGUCAAGUCCAAUUUUUGGAAUCAAUAUGAUACCUUUGUUAAAUAGGGGCAAUAGAUAUCUAAAAGAAAAUUUUAGCUAA